AUGUCGGAUUUCAUCUUCACCAUAGACAGCGAAGACGAGGGUAACGGACAGACAGCCGCAUCAAACAAAUCGAAAAGUACAUCCACGAAGCACGCAAAGAAGCGCGCAAAUGAUGUCGAACCCACUCUAGAACUGAAUCCAACCUUCUUCCUCGACGGACUGGGACUUGAUCCAGAUUUGAAUUCUGAGCCAAAAAGUAACAGAUCCAGACUGCUGAAUGAAUUUGAAGAUCCCUUGGAAAGAUUCAAGAAGAAAAACGCCUUGCCAAGGGUAUCGAUUGACGAAAUUGUGGCACGACAUAAAAAGUCGGGUGAUCAUCAGGAUGCACUCGUCGAUGAACUGGAAGAUUGGAAGGACGAAGAUAGUGCGGAGGAGGAGGAAGCUGGGACAGAUGGUGCUUCCGAAGAAGGCUCAUCAGUUGAAAGCGAAGAUCUUGAUCUAGAAGGUGAAUCCGGAAAUGAAGAAGAAGGAGGCUGCAGCAAUGAAGAUGACGAUGCAGACUACAGCAAAGAAGAUGGCGACGAGACUGCUGAAGAUGAUUUCGACAGUGACGCCGGGGCCUCAGACUUGGCUGAGGACGGCCCAGAGGAUGAAAAAACGGACAAAGCUGGAGAGACUGACGGUAAAAGUCAAGAUGUUUCUCUUAAUGCCUACUUCGAUCAAUCAGUGGUUCCUUUUGGCCCGGCUACAAAGGAAGAGCUCGUCAAAGACAGUCAUGAUCAGCCAUUCUCCUCUUUACCGGGCGCUGCCAGUCUCAGUCGGCCUGUUCUCAUGGGACUUUCUUCGAUGUCUAUCACUAGUCCGACACCGAUACAGCGACAAGCAAUACCACUAGGAUUGCUGGGCAAGGAUUUGGUUUGCUCGUCUGUGACCGGAUCUGGGAAAACACUCGGCUACAUGGUCCCUAUUGUAGAACGAUUGAUUUGGCGAGAUAAGAAAGGUGGUGGACGAACACGAGUCAUGAUAUUAACUCCCACUCGUGAAUUGGCCGUCCAAGUGUUUCAAGUGGGUAAACUGCUAGCUCGAUUUACAGACCUUACAUUCUCCCUGUGCGUCGGAGGGAUGGACCUGAGGACUCAAGAAGCCGAGUUGAGAGAAAGACCAGAAAUCGUCAUCGGCACUCCUGGACGUGUCAUCGAUCACAUUAGAAACACAAGGGGCUUCUCACUUGAAACGCUGGAAAUCUUGGUUAUUGAUGAGGCCGAUCGAAUCUUGGAGGAAGGUUUCCAAGACGAAUUAGAGGAAAUCAUCAGAAACUGUCCCCGCUCGAGGCAAACGAUGCUUUUCUCAGCUACGGUAAAUGAGUCAGUGGCCGAUCUAGCUAAGCUUUCUUUAGACAAGCCGAUUCGAAUCAAGAUCGACCCUCCAAAAUCUACAGCGGCUGGACUGACGCAGGAGUUUCUGAAAGUCAAAGACAGUUCAAGCAACAAGAAAGCUGCAUCUUUAACGGAUUACACUAGACAAGCCAUCCUAGUCACUCUCUGUAAAGCAUCAGCUUUUAGCAAAGGGCGUACAAUCAUCUUUUUUCGGAGUAAAGUAGGGGCCCAUCGAAUGAAAAUUAUCUUUUCAUUAUUCUCUCUGAAAGCCGAGGAACUUCACGGAAAUUUAACUCAACAGCAACGACUCGCUGCUUUGCAAAAAUUCAAAGACGGUGAAACUUCUUUUCUCUUAGCGACCGAUCUCGCCAGUCGUGGUUUAGAUAUCAAAGGAGUCGAAAGAGUGAUUAAUUAUGAACCCCCGACCCAGUAUGACGUCUAUCUACACCGCAUCGGUCGAACUGCCCGAGCUGGAGCAAAAGGCAGCGCCCUGACGUUGGUUGGGGAAUCUGAUCGCAAAUUGAUCAAAGAGGCUCGAAAGAAUUGUCUGGCUACUCAAGGUGCGAUAAAAAACCGCCGACUUGAUCCUAAUCUGGUCAAAGACGUCAAAGAAGAACUGGAAAAGCUCUCUUCCACUAUCUCCGAGAUCAUUGAAGAAGAAAAGGAAGAAAAAGAGUUGAGGAAUUCGGAGAUGCAGCUGAAAAAGGGUCAGAAUCUAAUGGAACAUGAAGAGGAAAUUAAAAGUCGACCGGCUAGAACUUGGUUUCAAUCGGAAUUAGAUAAGAAAAAAUCUAAGAAAAUUGGAACAUCUGCUCAUACCGCUAACUUCGCGAAGACCGAGAGUUCGGUUUUGCCUAAGAAGACUGCAAUCAAAAGGGAUCGAUUCGAUGGAUUAUCACGUAAACAGAAACGACGAAAGAUGGGCCAGGAAGAGGAUGCAAAAGAACGCGUGUUACCAGCUAUCAAUUCCUCAAUCAGAGCGGCAAAGAAAUCGCAACGACCGAUCAAAAUCACCGCCUCUCAAUCUGAGCAAGAUUCUCAUCUACUCAAGAAUCAAAAACAGAAGCGGAAGAAAAGCAAAGAAAACAAGAGCAAAAAGCCGAGAAGUACUUUCAGCGUCGAUCUGAAGACCCCGAAAUCUUCCUCCAAACCUGUCUCGAAAGCGCUUAAAAAAGCUGAUACUCUCAAAUCUAAGAGUGGAGGCAAGCGCAAAUCUAAGUAA